AGUUUGUUGGCACCAUUGGCACUAAGCUGCCAAUGCGUGCGCGUUUCUCAUAACGCAUUGACAAGGUUGUUUUCUAAAAAAUUCUGAUAUUUUGCCAUGGCGAGCGAACCGGUGAAGGAAUGGAAGAUCGGUGGUUAUCCUCCGCAAUACGAUCCUGUGAAACACGGGCCCUACGAUCCCGCGCGUUAUUACGGAAAAGCUGAUACUCCAUUCCUGGAUCUGAAACUCAAUGAGAUUCCUUCUUGGAUUUCGAGACGUGAAAAAACUCCUUCGUCUAUUGCCGGACUGUUUUCACGAGCAUUUUGGCGUUGGCAACACAAGUAUGCGCAGCCUAGAAAAGGUGGUGUGGCUCCAUUUUUCCAAGCGACAGUGGGCUGCAUAAUUUUCUUCUAUGUCAUCAAUUAUAAGAAAUUAAAGCAUCACAAGAAUUAUAAAUAUCACUAAUUGAAUUCUACUGUAGAGAUAUUCUAAAUGUUACAUACAUUAUAUAUAUACACGCUGCAGCAAAGAAUUUCAUGUAUCAAUUUGUGAAACAUUAAAAGUGUCAGAGUGUUUAAAUAAACAUUCUUAGUAUGUACAAGAAAAUAUACGAUUUGUUGUAUUGGC